AUUGCCUAAUCAAGAUCAUGGGUGUUGCAACUUUUACCCAAGAGCUUACAUCCCCUAUAGCACCAAUUCGUUUGUUCAAGGCUUUAAUUGUGGAUUCAAAGUCCCUAAUACCCAAACUAUUGCCUCAAUUUGUUGAGAGUGUUGAUUUGUUACAAGGAGAUGGUGGAGCUGGAAGUAUUGAACAAGUCAACUUCACAAAAGGUAGUCCUUUUGAGUUUGUGAAACAUCAAAUAGAUGAACUAGAUAAAGAAAAUAUGGUGUGCAAAUACACUAUGAUUGAAGGGGAUGCAUUGGGAGAUAAACUUGACUCUAUUUCUUAUGAAGUAAAAUUUGAAGAGUCAAAUGGAGGCUGCAUUUGCAAGAUGACAACUAAGUAUAUUGGAUUUGGUGAUUUUAUAGUCAAAGAAGAAGAAAUCAAGGCUGGUAAAGACAGUGCAAUUGGCAUAUAUAAAGCUGUGGAAUCUCAUCUCCUUCAAAAUCCAAAUCUUUAUGCUUAA